GCUUUCACAGUGAACUAGGGCCAGGUGGGGUCCUGCGUGCUGCCUAACCUCGAAGGUUUGGGGGAGACUUUAACCGAGGUCCCGAGGAUUAAACCCUAAAACUCUGCAUCCUCUACGAGGCACCGCCGUGUACUCCCCAGCCAUUCUCGGCCCGAGCUCCCUCCCUACAUCCAGACCCUCCUCGGGGUCCUCUGGGUCCUAGCUGCAAAACAAAUCCCAAAUUCAACAGCAGCUCUUCAAGCCCUGGCCACAAUCCCUGGCUGCCCUCCCCUUUCUUAUGACAGUGAUCUUUUCGAGAUGUAAAUUAAUCGUGGUCAUCCCCGGGUUAGCCAGAUUUGUUUCAGAAUAAACCUCAGCGGCUUAGGCUGCUGGCAGAGCUGUUUCCCUCCAACCCAGCCCCUAUUACCGGGAGGUGACUCAGUCUGGCUCUCAGCACUGGACAUAGCCAGCUUGUCCCUUGUGCGGCCUGUACACUCUUGCACACGGUGUCUCCCCACCUGGUAAGCCUUGGGUCUCACCUCCUUGGAAAGGCCUUCUCUUGACCCCACACGUCCUAGCAGGUGAUCCUAUGGCUUCUGUGCUGUCUAAAAUUAAUGUGUAUUUUCCUUGUUCAUUUGCCUCCACCUCCAAAAUUUAAUCCUGAUGAGGGCAGGGACUUCAUCCUUAUUACAGCACCUAGGGAGAGAAGCCCGGUGUGUCCGGGGAGAACCUCGUAACUCAGCAUCAUUCGCCCUCAACAGCUUGGUGAAGUACAUCUCAGUUUGGGUGCAAAGUGAAAGGACAUGGUGUUGAAAGUGGAAACUUGAAAAACACGGAGGAGUGCUGUGGGACCACUUGGCCACCACGCCAAUCUUUGCAUCUGGGACAGCCGGGCGAUCUCUCGCUCGCUCUCUCUCUGCCCUGCUGCCAGCUCCCAGGUCUUUGCUUUGUGGAGACAGGAUGGACAGAUUCCUGGUGCCGGGGGCUUUAGGGAGCCUUGUGGGGAAGAGGGAAGGAGAGGCGAACCCAGAAGAUCCAGCAGGGCGGAGAGCAGAGGAGAGCACCAGGAAGAGGCCCAGGGCAGAAACCCUCGGCAACGCAGGCCCCCUGGCCAGCCCCACCUGGCGGCACAUCCGGGCUGAGGGCCUGAGCUGUGAUUACACAGUCCUGUUUGGCAAAGCUGAAGCAGACAAGAUUUUCCAGGAGCUGGAGCAGGGAGUGGAGUAUUUUACAGGUGCACUGGCCAGGGUCCAGGUAUUUGGGAAGUGGCACAGUGUGCCCAGGAAGCAAGCGACCUAUGGCAACGCUGGGCUAACCUACACGUUCUCGGGCCUCACUCUGUCUCCAAAGCCCUGGAUCCCAGUUCUAGAGCAUGUCCGGGAUCGUGUUUCUGUGGUGACAGGAGAGACCUUCAACUUUGUGCUUGUCAACAGGUAUAAAGAUGGCUGUGACCACAUUGGUGAGCACAGAGAUGAUGAACGAGAACUGGCUCCCGGGAGCCCCAUAGCUUCUGUCUCCUUUGGGGCCUGUAGAGACUUCUUCUUCCGGCACAAGGAUUCUCGGGGGAAAAAGCCCUCUCGGAAGGUGGAGGUGGUCAGGCUUCAGCUGGCCCACGGAAGUUUGCUUCUGAUGAACCAUCCGACCAACACUCACUGGUAUCACAGUCUCCCUGUACGAAAGAAGAUUCUAGCUCCACGGAUCAAUCUGACAUUUCGCAAAAUUCUGCCCACUAAAAAGUAGGAACUUUGUCAGUGGUUCAUACUUCUAUUUUCUCCUUCCUUUUCUACUCCAAGUGGGAGCUGGCAUCUCCUUUCUCAGCAGGGAACAUAGGAAAGGCUUAAUCCAAGGAUGGGGCUUAUUACAUAACAAUGCAGAAUUCAGAAAGAAGAUGGCAGUUAUCAAAUUGGUCAAUUAUGAAAGAAUACCAGUUGAUGUUUUUUCCUAACAAAAAGAUUCUUUUAUUACUAUAAUACACAGCAGAUACAAAAGGUACCUUUUGCAAAUACAUAAAUCAGCAGUUAUUACAGCAUAAACUACUAGUUUAACUUAGGUUUGUGCCAAGAGAAGCCACUUUGUAAAUAACUUAAAGCUAGAAAUAAGAUGCUACUUAAUGUCUAAUAAUUUACAAAAUGAGGAAGUCAGCUUUAAGUCUAGUUAAGAGACCUUGCAUGGGUGUCAUUCACAUUUACAGCCUUGGCUCAGAUCCUGGCCUCUGACCAACAAAUUGCUUACAGCUAAAUGUUUUGUGCCCGGCAUCUCUCUUUAACGGCAGAUUUCAAAGAGUAAGCGGGGGCAGAAGAGCAGUUACUAGAAGCUACCGCUUCGCAGUGCAGUGUAAGGUCACGUCAUUGGGCAUUUGAUUCCUCCAGACUCAGGUAAAACAGGUGUACUUGUUUCAACCACAGAGCCAGGGAAGGGGCGUCAGCAGGGAGGGCUCAGGUGCUUCAAGCUGCCCCUCUCUCCCUGACGUCCGUGGCCUGGAGAACCUUCACAGGAUGUUCAAUCGGUAGUGAGUUUUGAGUCCUCAGGGGUGCAUACUGGGCCCAGUGGGGCAGUGAUCACCUGGGCCCCUUCUGCUGUGAGCAGACACCCAGGCCUGGUCUAGAAGUGUUUGUUAGCUGGCCCCCGCCAGGGGAAGCACAGUUCUCUGCCUCACCUCGGGUGACCUCUUAGAAAACUCUGAUUCUAAACCUUAACUCUGAAGAGUCCAUUUGAAUUUGGUAUCUUUUUUUUUUUUUUAAAUAAAAAAACCUAGCUAAAACAUA